AGGACGCAGGCCAACCACUGCGCAAUUACGCGGACUCCAAGCUGGCACAGUGAGCAGAGAAAGAGAGUGUGUGAGAGAGAGAAAACCCUAAAAGACUAUCCGAACCGUUGACGGGGUUGACGCUGACUUUUUUAAUCGAGUUAUCCUGAUAAAUUCAUGGAUUCGCUUCGAGCACAAACGGCUGAAUGUUAUGAUAUGAUCAUUACGCAUGUGCUUUGCGCACAGCUCUGAAUAGUUUAAUAAAUAGACUUUUAUUUUUUUCUUUGUAAAAUAGCUUUCUUUCUUCUCUAAAAUUGGCUCCCGUACAAACAGCCGCGUUGGAUCCCUCGGCUUACUGCGAGACUCCGGUAUACAACCCGGAUCUCUGCCCGAACAUGAUAGCCGCGCAGGCAAAGUUGGUGUAUCACCUCAACAAAUACUACAACGAAAAAUGCCAGUCUCGAAAGGCGGCCAUCUCCAAGACCAUCCGGGAGGUGUGCAAGGUGGUUUCGGACGUCCUGAAGGAAGUGGAAGUGCAGGAGCCCCGUUUCAUCAGCUCUCUGAGCGAGAUGGAUAACCGCUUUGAGGGACUGGAGGUCAUUUCGCCCACCGAGUUCGAGGUGGUGCUCUACCUGAACCAGAUGGGGGUCUUCAACUUUGUGGAUGACGGCUCUCUGCCCGGCUGCGCCGUGCUCAAGCUCAGCGAUGGACGCAAGAGGAGCAUGUCUUUGUGGGUUGAAUUCAUCACCGCCUCCGGUUACCUCUCGGCGCGCAAGAUCCGCUCCAGGUUCCAGACGCUGGUGGCGCAGGCGGUGGAUAAGUGCAGCUACAGAGAUGUGGUCAAAAUGGUCGCGGACACGAGCGAGGUGAAACUGCGCAUCAGAGACAGAUACGUGGUGCAAAUCACGCCGGCGUUCAAGUGCACCGGGAUUUGGCCGCGGAGCGCUGCACACUGGCCUCUGCCGCACAUCCCUUGGCCAGGACCGAACCGGGUGGCGGAAGUCAAAGCAGAAGGCUUCAACCUUUUAUCCAAAGAGUGCUACUCGCUGAACGGCAAGCAGAGCUCCGCCGAGAGCGACGCCUGGGUGCUGCAGUUCGCCGAGGCCGAGAACCGGCUGCUGCUGGGCGGCUGCAGAAAGAAAUGCUUGUCGGUGCUCAAAGCACUGCGCGACCGGCACCUGGAGCUGCCCGGACAGCCUCUGAACAACUACCACAUGAAAACUCUGGUGUCCUACGAGUGCGAGAAGCACCCGCGGGAGUCGGACUGGGACGAGAACUGCCUCGGUGACCGUUUGAACGGGAUUCUAUUGCAGCUCAUUUCGUGUUUGCAGUGCAGAAGGUGCCCGCAUUAUUUUCUGCCCAAUUUAGACCUGUUCCAAGGAAAACCUCACUCUGCUCUAGAAAAUGCAGCCAAACAGACUUGGCGACUGGCGAGAGAAAUACUGACCAACCCCAAAAGCUUGGAGAAACUCUGAGGUAAUUUUUUUUUGGGAAAAAAAAAGUAAUAAAUAAAUUAGUGCACAUCCUAUUUAAAAAUAAAUGUCGGACAGAAAAAAAAACGAACACCUACCGAUUUGUCUUGUGAACCGUGGCUGUUUGUUUCAGGAUGAUUUGUUUGACAGUUCUGUUAUCUCCUGCACCUUUUUUGGCGGUGUUAAAAUUUAAGUUCACUAACGAAGGCCACUUCUCUCUCUGUGCCACACGGAUAUCUAAAUCCCUAAUUUCCUUAAAUGCUUUAAAAUAAAGCCUUGGGAGGAAAAAAUAAUAACAAUAAUAUUAAUAAUCACAAAAACACGUGUACAUUUUAGACUGUAAAUACAUUCAUAGCUUGUGAUUCCAGUGGUCUGAAAUUGUGAAUGUUGUUUUGUGACACGUAAAUAGGAUCCACCUGUUUAAAUCUGAACUUUUAUUUCAUCUACUAGAGACGUCAAUAAUUUAUCAGUGGUAGUCUGAUUCAUCUGUUAUCAAUUGUCAUGUUUUUUUUUAUUUUUUUUUAAGUUUACACUUUGAUUGUAGGCGUGUUGUUACAAUGAAAAACAUUCCAUCAAUUUACUUGAAUUAUUAUUUAAAGUAUAUUUUUGGCUGUUGUUUUUCUCUGCCAUGCUUAGGCCUACAUGAUGGGGAAAAAAUGAAAACAACAUAUAAAUAUAUAGUUAUUACAGUUUAAUUGAAAACAAUGCACUUGAAAUACACUGGAUUAUAACAUCUGUGAUUUUUUUAAACUUCUGUCUUUGAUCUAAUUUAAAGAGUUAAUAAAACGAGCUGUUUUAUAUUUGUGUCGCAUUAUGGUUUUAUUAAAUUUGCAAGGAAAUAUCAUUUCAUGCAAUAAUAAUAAUAAAAGAAAGCAACAAUGAAGUUUAAUGUUAAAUGUACUUGAGAAAAAUGGAAAUUAAAAAUUGUAUGCAACAGAGUUUGCAAACUAAAACUGUGCCAAAAAAA